AUGGCGUCACCUACGGACACGGACAUCCGCGGUUCUCUUGGCGUUGUUAUACUUGGCGGUAUGGGUGCCACCGCAUUGUCCGGUGCCGUAGCGGCGUUGGUGUUCCUUUACUUCCGCAUGUACUCGACCGACGCUCUGAAGACCAAAGCAUUGGUAUUCUGGCUUUGGGUAAUCGAUGCUGCGCAUACGUGUUUGAUAAAUACCUCGAACUGGGAAAGUCUCAUGGUACAUUUUGGCGACAGAGAUAUGGGAGACUUCAUCCCCACAUUGACAGCGCUAACAAUUCUAUUCACGGAUGUUAAUCUGUGCUUAUCGCACCAUAGCCUCUAUGCCUACGCAAUGCGGAAGAUUAGCAGAAAAUGGUAUAUAUCAGCGCCCCUGAUGUUCAUGGCCACGCUGCGCCUGGCGCAGAGUCCCUUAAGACUGUGCAUGAACUCAAUUCUGAUGUUGUUCAGCAUCGAGCUCCGAAGCUGGGAACAUUUCAUGACUCGAUUCUGGUCCAUUACCACCGCUUAUUGUCUUUCCGCUGCGAUCGACAUCUAUCUUUCCAUGACCCUCUGCUACUUCUUGCGUGUACACCGCAAGUGCAUUGGCAUGAAUUCGACGAACAAGCUUCUUGACAGAAUCAUGAUCAAUACAGUCAACAACGGGACUGCUACAUGGCAAGCAUCCCAAAUAAUUUCUACCCCCAUGCAGCAUGCAAGACUCACAGGAUGGUUCGUGUUCAGGGGAACCUUGAUUUUUCUAGGAACACAUCUCCUGAUUGGGAAACUUUAUACAAUUUCCGUCGUUUCGACAUUGCUCUUGCGUCGAACUCUACGCGAAGAAUAUAACAGAUCUUCAGCAGUAGCAAACCUCUGCAUGGACUCAGCUCUCCACGAACACUUGAAUUCGUGCGCCAUCCUAUCUUCCUCUCCGGUUCGCGACAACAUCUUACUUCUUUCGGAUUCACAGAGGGUCCCAAGCUUCCCCGACACUGUACAUUCUCCUAAUAUUACGAGGAGUUUCGUUGUGCCAUGGGAUCGUUCAAGCGGUGCAGGUAUUCAGUCGAUCCAGAUCGUACUUGCUCGUUCUGGCAGGUACCGAUCGGAGUGUUGA